GCCCAAGCGCGCGCGCACAGACGCAGCUCGCGCACUGACGUUCUGCCGACUUCCCUGCUGGUUGACACGGCGGCGCGAGAGGCAGCAGGAGGAACCCCAACAGAAAGUCAGAUCCAGAGGAGAGCGAGGAGAAGACAAGAGGCAGGAUUUGUGAGAAAACCAUCUUCGUUAGUUCAGAAGGCCGUAGAAGGAGCUGAGAGGAUCUCCUCAGUUGGGAUAUUUCUGCAGGAGGUGAGGGUUACGGAGCCGUGACUGACCUGCUGCCAUGCACCGCUUAAGGACUACUGUUACACGGCUACGGCCUUUACCUGUUGCACACACGACCCAGAGCCCGUCUCAGACCAGACUGUUGGUACCUAAAAGACUCCUCAGCACAUCUCAGGUUGUGAGGCACCUGAAUGCACCUGUGGCCGCUGAGCCCUUCCUGAACGGCACCAGCUCCAACUACGUGGAGGAGAUGUACCACACGUGGCUGGAGAAUCCCAGCAAGGUUCACAAGUCCUGGGAUGUCUUUUUCCGGAAUGCAAACGCUGGAGUUCCACCUGGUGCGGCCUACCAGAGCCCUCCACCACUCGGUGGGCUGUCUGAGGGUCAGGUCGGUGUCCAGACUCUCAUGGGUGCUCAUCAUGAUGUGGAGAAACUGGUGAAGGAUCAUCUAGCAGUGCAGUCUCUAAUCCGAGCCUACCAGGUUCGAGGACAUCACAUAGCGAAGCUGGACCCCCUGGGGAUCAGCUGCGUCGACUUCGAUGAUGCUCCAUGUACUGUUGGUUUCCAGAACGUUGGGUUGUAUGGACUGGCUGAAAGUGACCUGGACAGGGUGUUUCGCCUUCCCACCAACACCUUCAUCGGCGGCAAUGAAAGUGCUUUGCCACUCAGGGAGAUUAUUCGGCGCCUUGAGAUGGCUUACUGCCAGCAUAUUGGCGUAGAGUUCAUGUUCAUUAAUGAUGUGGAGCAGUGCAAAUGGAUCAGGCAAAAGUUCGAGACACCAGGAAUCAUGCAAUUCAACUUGGAAGAGAAGAAGACGUUGUUAGCCAGAAUGAUUCGAUCCACCAGGUUUGAGGAGUUUCUUCAGAGGAAGUGGUCUUCAGAGAAACGUUUUGGUCUGGAAGGCUGCGAAGCUCUGAUCCCGGCCCUUAAGACCAUCAUAGACAAGUCCAGUCAGAGCGGAGUGGAGAGCGUGAUCAUGGGAAUGCCUCACAGAGGCAGGCUGAAUGUGCUGGCUAAUGUGAUCCGAAAGGAUCUGGACCAGAUCUUUUGCCAGUUUGAUUCCAAGUUGGAGGCUGCAGAUGAGGGUUCUGGUGACGUGAAGUAUCACCUGGGGAUGUAUCACAGGAGGAUGAACCGGGUCAGCGACAGGUACAUCACCAUGUCACUCAUGGCAAACCCAUCACACCUGGAAGCUGUGGACCCGGUGGUGCAGGGAAAAACCAAAGCUGAACAGUUUUACUCUGGAGACAAUGAGGGCAAGAAGGUUAUGUCCAUUCUUCUUCAUGGCGAUGCUGCAUUUGCCGGCCAAGGUAUUGUGUACGAGACGUUCCAUCUGUCAGACCUGCCGUCAUACACCACCCACGGCACCAUACAUGUGGUGGUCAACAACCAGAUUGGAUUCACCACAGAUCCUAGGAUGGCUCGUUCAUCUCCAUAUCCAACAGAUGUUGCUCGGGUGGUCAAUGCACCCAUCUUUCAUGUCAAUACAGACAACCCUGAGGCUGUAAUGUAUGUGUGCAACAUAGCAGCGGAGUGGAGGAACACGUUCCAUAAAGAUGUUGUCGUAGACCUGGUGUGCUACAGGCGUAACGGCCAUAAUGAGAUGGAUGAGCCAAUGUUCACCCAGCCGCUGAUGUACAAGCAGAUCAAGAAGCAGAAGGGGGUCCUGCAGAAGUUUGCAGAGAAGCUCGUUGCUGAAGGAGUUGUUUCAACACAGUACUAUGAGGAGGAAGUAGUCAGGUAUGACAAAAUCUGUGAGGAUGCUUAUGCUCGCUCCAAAGAUAAGAAGAUCCUCCACAUCAAGCACUGGCUAGACUCACCCUGGCCAGGCUUUUUCACUCUGGAGGGUCAACCUAAAACUAUGAGCUGCCCUUCGACUGGCAUCAGUGAAGACAAGCUCAGACACAUUGGAAACAUUGCAGCUUCAGUCCCGGUUGAAGAUUUCACAAUACAUGGAGGCUUGAGUCGUAUUCUGAAGGGGCGAGCUAACAUGGCGAGCCAGCGAGUGUGUGACUGGGCUCUUGGCGAGUACAUGGCCUUCGGCUCUCUGCUAAAAGAAGGAGUCCACAUCCGGCUCAGUGGACAAGAUGUAGAAAGGGGCACGUUCAGCCAUCGACACCAUGUUCUUCACGACCAGAACGUUGACAAAAGAACCUGCAUCCCAAUGAACCACAUCUCUCCUGACCAGGCUCCAUACACUGUCUGCAACAGCUCUUUGUCGGAGUACGGAGUUCUGGGUUUUGAGUUAGGCUUUGCCAUGGCCAGUCCCAACGCUCUGGUUCUGUGGGAGGCCCAGUUUGGAGACUUUCACAACACAGCUCAAUGCAUCCUUGACCAGUUUGUCAGCUCGGGUCAGGCAAAAUGGGUCAGACAGAAUGGCAUUGUACUGCUGCUCCCUCACGGCAUGGAGGGAAUGGGUCCAGAACAUUCAUCUGCUCGUCCUGAAAGGUUUCUACAGAUGUGCAAUGAUGACCCAGAUGUUUUUCCUAAACUUCCAGGGGACUUUGCAACACAUCAGCUUUAUGACUGUAACUGGAUUGUGGUUAAUUGCUCGACUCCUGCAAACUACUUCCACGUUCUCCGCAGACAGAUCCUGCUGCCGUUCAGAAAGCCUCUCAUUGUAUUUACUCCGAAGUCACUGUUGCGCCACCCUGAGGCCAAGUCAAGCUUUGAUGACAUGUUGCCAGGUACCCACUUCAUGCGUCUCAUUUCGGAUGCCGGGCCUGCAGCCGUCAGCUCAGAGAAAGUGAAAAGAGUCAUUUUCUGCACUGGCAAGAUUUACUACGAAGUGAUCAGGGAACGUGAGAACAGAGGCCUGGAUGAUGUUGUUGCUGUUGUUCGUAUUGAGCAGCUUUCACCGUUCCCUUUCGACCUGGUGAAAGCAGAGGUGGAUCGCUACCUGAAUGCUGAUCUGGUCUGGUGUCAGGAAGAGCACAAGAAUCAGGGUUACUAUGACUACGUCAAGCCCCGCCUCCGUACUAUAGUUGGCCAAACACGCCCCAUCUGGUAUGCUGGCCGUGGCCCUGCAGCAGCUCCAGCUACUGGAAACAAGCACACACACCUCAUGGAGUUGCAGCGAUUACUGGACACAGCACUGAGCCUGGAUGCUUUCUCAGGGAAACUUUAAAACUGUGGAAAAUGACCUGCAUGAUGGGUCCAGAAGUGGCUUCUCUAUUUGCCAAUGUGUUGCACUAAUGUUCAGGCAAAAUGCACAAAGAACCAACUGACCUUUGAACACUGUUACCAUGCAAGUUCACA